AUGCAUGACGAUAAAAAAAAAAUUUUGGAUCAUACUAGCAGAGUGUGUGCAUGUUUAGCGAUUGCUAUCUGCGUGUUGGUCUGGGGCGAGUGGCUAAAUUAUCGCUUCUCGAGACACUCUUGGAGCAUUCCCCAACCGAGGGCUUCUGAAUCAUUGGGUGUGCUCAUAGUGGCCGACCCACAACUAGUUGGUUACAGAAAUGAAAAUCAUAUGUGGGGACCUGUGACAAGAUGGGAUUCCGACAGGUGGGCCUUAGUUGUUAGUUUGGAAGCCAGUGAAACUGAAAUUGAAUGGACAAUUGAAAGAUUUUUCGACAUUUUCGAUACCAUGAUUCCUGUAAGUAUAUUGUCCAUGUUACGUAUAUUAUUGAGCGUGGAUCAAGAUGAAUUGGAGAGUUAUCUAACUACGAGUAGCUUCAACCUUCUGACCAUGUAUGUAUUGAGAAGUGCAGGAAAGAUGCAGCCAUGCAUAAGGUCUUAA